AUGGGAUGGGCAACCACUGAGAACCCGUUCAGUAGCAUUCUGAGGACGCUCGAGAAACCUGCUGGUGGUGAGUUCGGAAAGUACUAUAGCUUGCCCGCACUCAACGAUCCUAGAAUCGUGUUGAUUUGUAAGUUAAGUUUGAAUCUGGAGAAGCUGGGAAUUGAUGGUGACAUUCAUGUGUUUGUCACUACAGAGAGACUUCCUUACUCUGUGAGGAUUCUUUUGGAAUCUGCAAUUCGUAAUUGUGAUGAGUUUCAAGUCAAGAGUCAUGACGUUGAAAAAAUUAUUGACUGGGAGAAUACCUCUCCCAAGCUGGUGGAGAUUCCGUUCAAGCCAGCUAGAGUGCUUCUGCAGGAUUUUACUGGGGUACCUGCAGUUGUUGAUCUUGCUUGCAUGCGAGAUGCAAUGAACACACUUGGUGGUGAUUCUAAUAAAAUUAACCCCUUGGUACCAGUGGAUCUUGUCAUUGAUCACUCUGUUCAGGUUGACGUGGCAAGAUCAGAAAAUGCUGUUCAGGCAAAUAUGGAACUUGAAUUCCAAAGAAACAAGGAAAGAUUUGGUUUCCUUAAAUGGGGUUCAAAUGCAUUCAAUAAUAUGCUCGUUGUUCCUCCUGGAUCAGGGAUAGUUCAUCAGGUUAAUUUAGAAUACCUUGGUAGAGUUGUGUUCAACACAAAUGGUUUGCUUUAUCCUGACAGUGUUGUUGGAACUGAUUCACACACAACUAUGAUAGAUGGCCUGGGGGUUGCUGGAUGGGGAGUUGGUGGAAUAGAAGCAGAAGCUGCAAUGCUUGGCCAGCCCAUGAGCAUGGUCCUACCAGGUGUUGUUGGGUUUAAAUUAUUAGGAAAACUACGAGAUGGUGUCACAGCCACUGACUUGGUGUUGACUGUUACUCAAAUGCUGAGAAAACAUGGGGUUGUUGGCAAGUUUGUGGAGUUUUAUGGGGAAGGCAUGAGUGAACUGUCUUUGGCAGAUCGUGCCACCAUAGCAAAUAUGUCUCCUGAGUAUGGUGCAACGAUGGGCUUCUUUCCUGUGGAUCAUGUCACUUUGCAAUAUUUGAGACUGACUGGCAGAAGUGAUGAGACUGUUUCUAUGGUAGAGUCCUAUUUACGAGCAAAUAAAAUGUUUGUGGAUUAUAGUGAGCCCCAAGUAGAGAGAGUGUACUCAUCGAAUUUGGAACUCAAUCUUGAGGAUGUAGAGUCCUGUGUCUCAGGUCCAAAAAGGCCUCAUGAUCGUGUCCCUUUGAAAGAAAUGAAGGCCGAUUGGCUUGCCUGCCUCAACAAUAAAGUUGGAUUUAAGGGUUUUGCUGUACCAGUAGAAUCUCAGAUUAAGGUUGCAGAUUUCACAUUCCAUGGGACACCAGCACAUCUUAGACAUGGUGAUGUUGUUAUAGCUGCUAUCACCAGCUGUACAAAUACUUCAAAUCCUAGCGUUAUGCUUGGAGCUGCAUUGGUUGCAAAGAAAGCUUGUGAAUUGGGUUUGCAGGUGAAGCCGUGGAUUAAAACAAGUCUUGCUCCAGGUUCUGGUGUUGUAACUAAGUAUUUGCAGAGAAGUGGCUUGCAGAAGUAUUUGAAUCAGCUAGGGUUUCAUAUAGUUGGGUACGGAUGCACUACUUGCAUUGGAAAUUCAGGGGAUAUUGAUGAAGCUGUAGCAUCUGCAAUUACUGAAAAUGAUAUAGUAGCUGCAGCUGUAUUAUCUGGAAAUAGAAACUUUGAGGGCCGGGUUCACCCAUUAACAAGAGCUAAUUAUCUUGCUUCUCCUCCUCUUGUUGUUGCAUAUGCCCUUGCUGGCACAGUGAACAUUGACUUUGACACUGAACCCAUUGGGAUAGGGAAUGAUGGAACCAAGAUCUUCUUCAAGGAUAUUUGGCCAUCCAGUGAAGAAAUAGCAAAUGUCGUACAGUCAAGUGUGCUGCCUGAUAUGUUUAAAGAUACAUACAAUGCAAUCACCCAAGGCAAUCCCAUGUGGAAUAAUUUAUCUGUUCCAUCGGGCACUCUUUAUGCUUGGGACCCUACCUCAACAUAUAUUCAUGAGCCACCUUAUUUUAAAAAUAUGACCAUGUCUCCCCCAGGCUCCCAUGGAGUAAGGGAUGCCUAUUGUUUACUCAACUUUGGAGACAGUAUUACAACUGAUCACAUCUCUCCAGCUGGCAGCAUACAUAAGGACAGUCCUGCAGCCAGAUACCUUAUAGAACGUGGAGUUGAUAGACGAGACUUCAACUCUUAUGGAAGCCGUCGUGGUAAUGAUGAGGUGAUGGCUCGAGGAACAUUUGCCAAUAUUCGCCUGGUCAACAAAUUUUUGAAUGGAGAAGUUGGACCUAAAACCAUUCACAUUCCUUCCGGGGAGAAGUUAUCAGUCUUUGAUGCAGCAGAGAGAUACAAGAGUGAGGGGCAUGAUAUGAUUAUCUUGGCCGGUGCUGAGUAUGGGAGUGGAAGUUCUCGAGAUUGGGCUGCAAAGGGGCCAAUGCUACUGGGUGUGAAAGCCGUCAUAGCAAAAAGUUUUGAAAGGAUUCACCGAAGUAAUUUGGUGGGAAUGGGUAUCAUUCCUCUGUGUUUUAAGCCUGGGGAGGAUGCUGAUUCUCUUGGAUUAACUGGCCAUGAACGUUACACCAUUGAUCUGCCAAGCAAUGUGAAUGAAAUAAGACCUGGUCAAGAUGUCACCGUGGUGACAGAUACCGGGAAGACAUUUGUAUCUACCCUGAGAUUUGAUACAGAGGUUGAACUAGCUUACUUCAACCAUGGAGGCAUCUUGCAAUAUGUCAUCAGAAACUUGAUUAAUGCUAAACAUUGA